AUGCCUUCUUCUUCGCAUCUCCGCAUACAAUCCCACUUUGAGCCCUUCUCUGCCGAGACGGCCGCCUCCCACUUCAUCUCCUCGCCGCCCCAGAAGAAGCAAAAGAUGUCUCUCACCCAAACCUACUACAUCGCCGCCUCUGCCCGCUCCAAGCUGGGCAAGGAAGCCUGCAGGGCUGACCACGACCUCCGCCUUCUUGUUGGACACGCCAACCUCCUCGACAGCCUCAUGAUUGAACUCCAAGACGCCGAACGCCAGCAAGAAGCAUGGUUCAACCAGACCAUGGCCAAGGCCUCCAAGACGGAGGAGCCUCGACACGUCCAGUGGGCCGACAGCAUUGCCGAGGAGGACGAGGGCUCUGACUCGGACUCCUUCUCCGAGUCCGACUCGGAAUCUGACCUGGACGACGACUUCGACAUGAUCCCCAUGCCCCGUCGCAUUGCACAGGCACCCAUUCAGAUCACCACCACCGAGGUCGACGAGGACGAGGACGACGAGGAGUACUACGACGACAUGGAGGAUGACGCCGAGCUGACUCUUACUCGUGUCCCCUCGCAAGUCCAGUCACCACCCGAGCUCGUGUACGAAGAGGACUCCGAGGACGACUCACCACCCACAUCGCCACCCACUACAUCGCUCGAGUUCUCCGAGAAGGAGGCCCUGCUCACAACCACCUUCUACACCAGCAAGACACAACCGAGCUACCUCGAAGACGACCACCCGCUGUUUAUGGACACGAACGCUCCGCUCAUCUCAGGUUACUAG